AUCCGAUCUGGUGUGGUCGAUUAUCCUGGAAAAAAUGGGCCAAUUACUUGCGAAAGUGGCCUGAGGUGGCCGACCGCCCCGACGGUGGCUUAUAAAUAACAAUUGGUCGCUGAUCUAUAGAAUCCGGUGAUUCCAGACGCAAUUAUCAAAUUGCCCGAUUCAGCAUAUUUGCUUGAUUUGCUGACUAUUCGUGACUCACAGGCGAUAAGAAAAGAGAAUAUUCGCGAUGCAUGGCCGAGUGAAGGUGCGUACGACGGCGGAACAGGAGGAGAUAAGGAAGCGGGAAAAGGCGAUUAAAGUUGCCCAAUACAAGGCUGACUUCGCUAUAGUCUCUCAAAAGAGGCAGGGCAAAAUAUGGGACGAUGAGUUAUUGUCAGUUACCAGGCGUAUGCUAUUGAACAACUCGGACAUUUAUACACUGUGGAAUAUCCGUCGCCAAGUUUUCGAGAAUAAUGAAUGGAACGAAGAAGAUUACAAGCAACUGCUUGAGAAUGAGAUGAGCUUGACCGAACAGUGUCUGAGAGAAAAUCCCAAGUCAUAUAGCGUAUGGCAUCAAAGGUGUUGGGUGAUGGAACGGAUGCCUGAACCGGAUUGGAAGAAAGAAUUAUCUCUGUGUGCAAAAUGCCUAAAUAUAGACGAAAGAAAUUUUCACUGCUGGGAUUACAGAGAGUUUGUUGUACAAAAAGCUGGGAUCUCGAAUGAAGAGGAGUUUGAGUUCUCUACCACAAAAAUAUUGAAUAACUUUUCCAACUAUUCGUCUUGGCACUAUAGAAGCCGAAUAUUAACCAAAAUGUUUGGCACUACGUCUGAAGAGAUACCGAUUGUAGACGAUAAAUAUAGAGAAGAACUCGAUCUAGUCAUGAAUGCAACGUUUACCGACCCCAAUGACACUAGUGCAUGGUUCUACCAAAGAUGGCUUUUAGAUAAGUGCCUGACAACUUGUAGGCUGUGGCGUGUUCAAAUUAAGAAAGACACAGCCAUUGUUGUUGUCGACAACAACGUUCUGAUUAAACCAAUUUCGCUUUCAUUAUUUGUAAAUGGUGAAAUUGUUGACGCGCAAUGGCAAUUGCAUCCAGAUGAAAAGUUUGCCAAGCUACGAAUUGCAGAGUUUGGCAGUUUGUUGGAAGAUUUGGAUCGUGCCAAAGAAGUUUCUGUAAAACUACAAGAAACAGUAUAUCAACUUUCAUAUUCCGAGUUAGAAAGUGCAUGGAUUUACAAAAAUAAUUCAAGUUUGCACAAACAAAAUAGCAACGAUGAGCAAUUAAAUGAACAAUUGAAGAGCUACAAUCAACUCUCCAAAAUGGAACCAAAUAACAAGUGGGCCUUAUUAACCGGUAUAUUACUGAUGAAAAAGAUCGAUUUCAAAAAAUUUUAUAUUGAUAUAUUAAAUAAUCUAUCGGCGCUGUCAAAAGUCGACAGUCUUCGCAAGAAUUAUUACAAAGAUUUGCGAAGCAAGCUCUUAGUGGAGUAUAAACUACUCGAAAUGUGGAAAGAAGAGAACGAUUUAGAAAUACAGUCAAAGAUCGAUUUAUCGGGAUUAGACUUAACGAAAUUGCACAAUAACCACUACUUUAGCUUUUUUGAGGAAGUAAACCUCGGUGCGAACCAAUUAGAAAAUUCCUUGUAUCAACUUUCUACAUUACAACGUUGCGCGAAAUUGUCACUGUCCAGCAAUGGCUUGAUAUCAUUGAAAUGUUUUCCUACUCUACGCAAUCUCCAAGUUCUCUCUUUGAGAAAUAAUAAGUUAAUGAGCACGAAGGAGAUAGUCAACUUAAUAAAACGGCACAAAAAUUUGAGAAGACUAGAUUUACGAGAUAAUCCAGUAUGCGAAGAGAUCGACAUAGCUAAAAUUCAGGAUACAAGUUCUCACGUGGAAAUAUGUUUAAAAUAACGUCAGGAAAUACAUACUUAAUAGGCAAUAUAUUAAAACAUUUAAUAAUGAUAAUUUUUUAUGCAAUCUAUCGUCCACUGUUCUAUUUUUUAUCACAAGAAGAAUAUUAAAUAAAAUUCAGAUACAUUAAGUGAAUGAUUUUAUCACAGCAACUUAAUCGUAACAUCAUCUCGAGUUUCUUUAUCCUAGCGUCAGAAGGAGGCUCCCAUACAUCACUACGACGUUAUUGUUUCUUAUUGUUUUACAUAUCUAUAAUAAACUCUUUACAAAUACAAACGAAUUAAUAAAAUUGCGAUAUAAGAUUA